ACUGUUUUUGCUAAGUCAUCCUGGGGAUGCUCAAAGCCCCACUGGGAGACCCUUCCUGCUCCUCCUUCCUUCCCACUCCUUUAAUAGACCCUUCAGUGGGCUCACCCUACUCUGGGGCUCACUCUGCACUUGCACCAUGGCUUACAUUGCUAAGUCCUUCUACGACCUUAGUGCUAUCAGCCUGGAUGGGGAGAAGGUAGAUUUCAAUACAUUCCGAGGCAGGGCGGUGCUGAUUGAGAAUGUGGCCUCCCUCUGAGGCACAACCACCCGGGACUUCACCCAGCUCAACGAGCUGCAAUGCCGCUUUCCCAGGCGCUUGGUGGUUCUCGGCUUCCCGUGCAACCAAUUUGGACAUCAGGAGAACUGUCAGAAUGAGGAGAUCCUGAACAGUCUCAAGUACGUCCGCCCUGGGGGUGGAUUCCAGCCCACCUUUACCCUUGUCCAAAAGUGUGAGGUGAAUGGUCAGAACCAGCAUCCUGUCUUCGCCUACCUGAAGGACAAGCUCCCCUACCCUUACGAUGACCCAGUUUCCCUCAUGACAGAUCCCAAGUUCAUUAUUUGGAGCCCGGUGCGCCGCUCAGAUGUGUCCUGGAACUUUGAGAAGUUCCUUAUUGGGCCGGAGGGGGAGCCCUUCCGACGCUACAGCCGCACCUUCCCCACCAUCAACAUUGAGCCUGACAUCAAGCGCCUCCUCAAAGUUGCCAUAUAGACAAGAGCUGCUCAGCACACAGAUCUACUCCAUCCAGCCCCAGAGUGUCUUUCCUUAGGAUUCAGUGUGCCUUGACAAGACACUGCUGGACCUAAGCUGUCCCUUGGGAUCAGUUCCCUUCAUUUAAAAGCCUUGCCUUUCUGGUCUGCCUGUUUCCUUUCCCUCCCCCAACCUUCUGGUUGGUGAUUCAACUCGGGGAUCCAAGAAUUGGGUGGGCUCUGGGCCUUCACAGAAUGAUGGCACCUUCCUAAACCUGUAUGGGCGGUGUCUGAGACGUGUGAAGGGCCCCAAGCCAGCCUACCAGCUGAGUCCAAUAAAGGCCAGGUGUGGAAACGGCCAGGCUCUCUGUGUCUUCUUCCUUGACAGCCAGUAGAAGGAUGCUACAAAACUGCUGGUGGGACAGAGGAGCUGGCAGCACACAAAGGCUCGGAAGAGGGAGGCUCUGACCAAGGGAACAUCCUAAUUACUGUCUGGAAAGCAGGCCCUGGUCAAGGUCAGCAGUGGCAGUUAGAGUUGCAGGAAAUGUUAACUGUAGUAUUACUUUAUGACUCUUCUCCAGAACUGGGGAAAUGAGGUGCUAACGAGCGGUAAAGAGGGGGAAAAGACAGUGGGCCCUUUGGUUGAGAGUACUGGGAGGGUAGUUAGAGGAUUCCAGUCAGGAAGAUAUUACUACCACUGUGGGGACUGGGCCAACUAAAUAUUACCUGCACCUCGACAAAUUCCUGGGUUGAGAGUACUGGGAAGUUAGAGGAUUCCAAUCAGGAAGUGAGUACUGGGCCAACUAAAUAUUACCUGCACCUUGAGAAAUUACUGGGAAGUCAAUUUGGCCAACUUUUACUAAAAGCAAGGGGGGGGAGGGUGCAGUUACUGGGAACACAAAGAGCAC